GGAUUGGACAGGCUUAUCUGUUUUAAGGAAAAAUAUUUAAAAUCCUUAAUCACCACAAAAUUUCACUAAUCUCUGGCAAGUCAAUUCUUAGGUAUUAAUCCCACCGUUAAUUCAUACCAUUCUAAUCCUUUUCAACUUUCUUUCCUGAACACACGGAAUAAAUGAUUGUACAUUCACUUGGCUAUAUCAUACAUGAGAUCUGCAAGUUGAAACUUGGCGUUUAGGACAGAGAAACAAACAAAAAGACCCUAUUUCUGAGCUGCUGCAUGUACGAGAAAACUGAACAAUCUAAGCUAAAGCAGAUGGAAAUUGUGGGACAGUUGCAGAAACAAUAUGUUGACUUCACAACUUCUCUGUUUCGUGAGGGAUAUUUGGACGAUCAGUAUGUACAGCUGCAAAAAUUAAAAGAUGAAAGCAAUCCAGAAUUUGUGGUUGAAGUGGUUUCAAUUUUCUUUGAGGAUUCUGAAAAACUUCUGAAUGAUUUGGCUUGUUCUCUGUCAGUUUCAAUUUCUCUACUUUGGGUUUUAUUUUGUGUUCCAGAUUUAUUAAUUGAUUUUAAUUUUUUUUCCUUUUUCUUAAUUUUAUUUCAACUAUAUAGUCAACAGCAGGUUGUAGAUUUUAAGAAGGUUGAUGGCUAUGUCCACCAGUUCAAGGGUAGCAGCUCCAGCGUAGGUGCACAAAGAGUUAAGAAUGCGUGUGCUGCCUUCAGAAACUUUUGUGAGGAUAAGAAUCUUGACGGGUGCUUGAGAUAUCUCAACUUGGUAAAACAAGAAUUCUAUCUCGUGAAGAGCAAGCUGGAAACUUUGUCAAGGCUGGAGCGGCAAAUCCUGCAGGCAGGAGGGACGGUUCCCUUAAUAGAAUCAUGCCAUUGAUAUUGCCCUGCUAUGGAAACAGUAGGUUGAAAGCCACGAGUUAGAAUGCUUUUUCUUAUUAUUUAGCUACUUUGGCUGCUAGAUUCUGUUAUAUGUAAUGUAGCUCUAAAAAUUGCACAUAUGGAAUGUCAGAAGAUAAGUAGUGUCGGCCGAGCAGAGUGUCUUGCCUAGUCUCUUUGCAUUUUACCUCAUCUACAUUUCAUUGUUUGCUCACAAAUUACUUACAUCUAGUUGUUAUUUGUUAAUCUUGUUUUCUCUUAAUUGGUCUUUUCUUCAUUUUAUAA